AAAUUCGAGGAAUUAAAAAUAUGAAAUUGCUGCAAAAAUUAAUAGCUGCGUUUACUCUUCUUGAUUUACUCGAGCUUAAACUGCAUCAACUACAAUAUCAAAUUUUCAGUUGAGUUUGAUGUUGAUUUGAAUUUCAACUUUGAUCAAAUAACCGAAGAUGUCGAGCACCAGUUUCCUCACUAAAUCACCGUCGUCUCUUCCCCGGGAGCUCCUCACUUCUCCGUCGCAUCCUCAGCUCUCGGCGUCUCUGUUCAAGAAAGGAGCUUCUAAUCAGAGGUUAUUGAUGCUGAAAGUCAGCUGCGAUUCGGCGGGGAGCCAGCGCACCGCCAAAUCCGACUCCUCCGCCGCCUACGGAUGGUGCGCCGCUCUCGGCGGCGUUGGUUUUCUGGAGACGGCGUAUCUGACUCUCGCCAAUUCGGAAGCAUUGUGCCCCAUUGGCGAGGGAUCUUGCGAUGGCAUCCUUAACAGUCACUUCGCUUCCAUUUUAGGUGUUCCUCUGCCAUUAUACGGCAUGGCCGCCUAUGGAUUAGUUGCGUUUCUCGGCCUAGGGCAACAUAUUGGUUUCCAGAAUAUGCCAUUUGAUGUCAAGAAAACGGAUGCUGAUAUGGUCUUGGUUGGGAUGGCUACCUCCAUGGCAGUUGCUGCUGCGUACUUUCUGUGUACCCUGAGCACCGAGUUUGGUGGAGAGUCAUGGUUAUACUGUUUGACAUCAUCAGCACUGACCUUCAGCUUGUUCUUGAUUACCAUAAAGAAUCUUGGGAUCGACAGGAUUAAAGAGAUGUUGGGCUCAAAGUUAUGCAUGGCUAGCUUGCUUAUUAUAGCCUUGGCCGCAUCAUAUAAUGUUUUUCAACCUGUUUCAUCAAGUUUUGCAAUGACAGAAUUACCAUAUGAAGAAAAAGAGAUCACAACUGAAUCCAGUCCUUUGGCUAUUUCUCUUGCAAAACAUCUGCACUCUACUGGAGCAAGACUAUAUGGGGCUUUCUGGUGUUCACAUUGUGUGCAUCAGAAAUUGAUAUUUGGGCGCGAAGCAGCUAAACUGUUAGAUUACAUAGAGUGCUAUCCUGAUGGAUUAAAGGCAGGAACUAAAAUGGCCGAGGCCUGUUAUGGUAUUGACCUUAAAUAUUUUCCGUCUUGGGAAAUAAAUGGCCAGGUUUUCAGCGGUGAGAAGCCAUUGGAAGAACUUGCAACAUUGUCUGGGAUGAAACUUGAAGAAUUGAGUCAUUAGAAGUAAGAUUAUCCCAGUUUUUGCUCUUCCCGCUUUUUAUGAUUUCUUCGAGAACCAAACGACAUUAUUGUUUCAGAGCUUAGAAAGCUCAUAUAGAAGUACUGAGAUAUGUGAUGCAGACCUUAAGUAGCAGCUCUUUGAGUUUAGUUAACAAGUCAAGUUUUCUCUUU